CAUUACACUGCAUUUUUGACUGUAUCUCUCUCAUUCUCAUCAAAUCGAAUAUUGUCAGCGUCAUAUUUGCCGAAGCAUACAGUAUUCAUAUUCAAUUUGUACUGCCAACUUUUUUUUCGUGCAUUCAAAUAUUACAACGACAAAAAAAAACACUACACUUUUUUGUUUAUUCCAAUUUUGAGGUGUAAAAAAUUAAAACCAAAUUUCUGUAAAAAUGGAUCGUUUGUUGAGAUUGGGUGGAAAUGUUCCAGGGCUAUCGCAACCAGCUUUGUCAGAUGCUCCAGUUGUCGAUACCGCCGAACAAGUAUAUAUUUCAUCGUUGGCUUUGCUCAAGAUGUUGAAACACGGUCGCGCUGGAGUGCCAAUGGAGGUUAUGGGUCUCAUGCUUGGUGAGUUUGUGGACGACUACACAGUUCAAGUGAUUGAUGUAUUUGCCAUGCCACAAACGGGUACUGGUGUAUCCGUUGAAGCUGUUGAUCCCGUUUUCCAAGCAAAAAUGUUGGACAUGCUGAAACAAACGGGCCGACCUGAAAUGGUUGUCGGAUGGUAUCACUCACAUCCUGGUUUUGGAUGCUGGUUGUCCGGUGUUGAUAUCAAUACACAACAGUCAUUCGAAGCAUUGAGCGAACGUGCUGUUGCCGUUGUCGUCGAUCCAAUUCAAUCGGUGAAGGGAAAAGUUGUAAUUGAUGCGUUCCGUCUUAUCAAUCCAAAUAUGCUGGUGCUUGGUCAAGAGCCACGACAAACCACCUCGAAUUUAGGGCAUUUACAAAAACCAUCCGUUCAAGCACUUAUUCACGGUUUGAACCGACACUACUACUCCAUCAGCAUUAACUACCGCAAAAAUGAAUUGGAACAGAAAAUGCUGUUGAAUUUACAUAAAAAAUCAUGGAUGGACGGUCUUACGCUCGCCGAUUACAAUGAACAUUCUUGUUUGAAUGCAAGUACCGUUGCCGAAAUGCUGGAAUUGGCCAAGAAUUAUAAUAAGGCUUUGGAAGAAGAAGAAAAGAUGACACCAGAACAAUUGGCCAUUAAAAAUGUGGGUAAACAAGACCCAAAACGGCAUUUGGAAGAAAAAGUCGAUGCUCUCAUGCAAAACAACAUUGUGCAGUGCUUAGGUGCCAUGCUCGAUACGGUUGUUUUCAAAUGAACAUCUCACCGAACAUCGACUUUGUACUCGAUCCAUAUUCAUUAUCUGAUUUAAUCACACAAUCUUUUCUAAUAAUUAAAUGUUUGAUUUUUUGCGAUAAAAAAAUAAACGAAACAAAAAAACUUUA